GAUAAUAAUCUGAUUAGCCAAAAACCCUACGGUCUAUAACCUCCCUCUGUUAAAGCAGAUUGUAUGAAGAUAAGACAGGAGAAUCGAAUAUAUGCAUAAAAAAUGAAAUUGAUUGGUAGAGAGAUUUGUGAGGUGUUGUGCAGAUAGCGCAGCCCUAUGAGCCGACUAAAAUACAGUAUCGUGCUUAACAACAGAACACAGAACACAUACUACUGACACUGUGCUGUAGUCUAGUCUGUACUAAAGCUGAAGGAACCCACUCUGUCUGUCUGAUAUAAGACUCAGAAUAUGUCUCUAUUUUCACCAUACAUGAUACAAUAUUCUCUCUGACUCUCUCUCUCUCUCUCUCUUUGUCUCGUCUCAUUCAUAUCCCACACAUUACUCUUUCACUUGUGUGUUUCCCAUAAAACCCACCCACCACACUUAAAACUAUAGUCCUAUACACAACACUCAUCACACUUCAUAACUUAACAUUUUUCUUCAACAAAAAACUUGUUUGUUUUCUCAUUUCUCUUAGUAGUAACUAAUAACUUGUUCAAAACUAAACAAUGCCAUCUUCGGAUUCCGGUGAGAGCCGUCGAUCAACCCAACCACAAAACCGUCCAGGUCCGGGAGCACCUGGACCUGAGAAAGAGAAUCUACCAUGUCCUCGUUGUGAUUCAACCAACACUAAGUUCUGUUACUAUAACAACUAUAACUACUCUCAGCCACGCCAUUUCUGUAAGGGUUGUCGCCGCUACUGGACUCAGGGAGGUACUCUCCGUGACAUUCCAGUCGGCGGAGGUACCCGGAAAAAUGCCAAGCGCUCCCGAACUCAGCACAAUGCGGUGACCUCCUCUUCUUCCUGCUCUGUGGUUAGUUCAGCACCGGAGCACCACCACCAGUAUCAAUCAAUGACACCCAUCUCCGCCGUACACGGUGGCACUAUGCCAUUCUGUGGUAGUAGUGUUGUUGAGGGUGAUGGAAAACAGAACAUGAGUGUUUCUGGGAGCUUCACUUCAUUGCUGAACAACAGCAAUACUCAACAAGGGAACUCUGGAGGAUUGCUUGCUUUAGGUGGAUUUGGGCUUGGGCUUGGACAGGGGCUUGAUGAAAUGGGCUUUGGGAUUGGUGGGGGGAGGACUGGUUGGGGUUUUCCAGGAAUGGUGGAUGGAUCAAACAUUGGUGGUGUGCCUGUUGUGUCUUCAAACUUAUGGCAGUUAGAAGGUGGUGAAGGUGGUUUUGUUGGUGGUGGUGAUCAUUAUUUCUCAUGGCCUGGACUUGCAAUUUCAACACCAGUAAAUGGACUCAAAUGAAACUCAUUCUAAUUUUUUGUUUUUGUUUCAAUGGAAGGUGCUGUUAGUUUAAAAGUUUAGUCUUUUUUUCUUCUUCUUUCUGGUAUGGCGUGCAAUGGAAUUUGGGUAUAAUCAUAGUAGUACAACUAAGACUUUUUUUGUUUUGUUUUGUUUUGUUUGAGUCUCUUGAAAUCCUCUUGUCAUGUGUAUGUUUACUGGAUGGAUUAAUUAAUUAAUGGUGUUUUAUGACUGA